AUGCUAAAUAUAUCCCGUAGUAAUGGAGAGGGACCGGAUUUCAGACAGAAGGUGGUUCCAGCAGAAGCUGGGAGGGGGGUGAAGGGGGAAGCAGGGGGGAAAAAGAAACUGCCUUCUAGGUCUGGAUUUCAUUUGAGUCUCUCUCCCCCCGCUCUGCUCCCAUGUGCCGCACGGCGCGGGGGGAUGAAUGCUGAGCCUGUUAGCUCAGAGCUGCGAGCUGGGAAGAGGGAGGAAAAUAGCCGGGCUCUUGGCAUGGAGACGCGUUUCUGCUCUGAAGCUCUGAAAAGAUCUUUUGAGGUCGAGGAGGUAGAUCAGUCUUCAAAUUCCUCCACCCCACAAAGACGGACCCCAAACCCCCUCCUCAGGUCCACCGUGUCCAGCUCCACGCAGAAGUUUCAGGAACUCGGCGCCAGGAAUUCGGAGCCAUCUGCCCGACAUGUGGACCCCACAGGCCAAAGAUCACCCAAGCCCUCUCUGAGGAGAGUGGAGCUCUCUGGACCCAAACUGCCCGAGCCGGUGUCCAGAAGAACAGAAAUCUCCAUUGACAUCUCAUCCAAGCAGGUGGAGAACUCCACCUCAGGGUUGUCGAGGUUUGGCCUCAAAAGAGCAGAUGUGCUGGGGCACAAACCCCCUGAGCCCACCCCAAGGAGGACUGAGAUCACCCUCGGCAAGCCCCAGGAGCCGGGUCUCCGGAGGGUGGAGGCGCCGGCAUCAAAGAUCCCCGAGAUGCCCCAGCGAAGAGCUGAGAUGGCCAACGCUCCUGUGCCCGACGCAGCCACCAAGCGCGUGGAAAUUCAGGUAGCGAAGGCUGCCGAGGUCCCAGCCCCGCCGGCACGGCAAGCGGAGAGCUCGGAGCCUCCCCUGGCCACCCAGCCUCCCCAGGCAGAGCCAAAGCUGCAGCCGGUGCUGAUGGAGAGCCCACCAAAGAGAGAAGAAGGUCCAGAGGCAGUUCCCAGCCACGCACCCGGCAUGACGGACGCUCCACGGGAUGCCGGCCCCAAGCAGCCGGCACCGACGCGGCCGGAGAAACCCGCUGCGGACUUUGGCUACGUGGGGAUAGACGCCAUCCUGGAGCAGAUGAGGCGGAAAGCUAUGAAGCAGGGGUUCGAGUUCAACAUCAUGGUCGUGGGUCAGAGUGGCUUGGGGAAAUCCACGUUAAUCAACACCCUCUUCAAAUCCAAAAUCAGCCGGAAAUCUGUACAGCCGACUUCUGAAGAGCGGAUCCCCAAGACCAUUGAAAUCAAAUCCAUCACUCACGAGAUUGAAGAGAAGGGGGUUCGCAUGAAGCUCACGGUCAUCGACACCCCAGGCUUUGGAGACCACAUCAACAACGAGAACUGCUGGCAGCCCAUCAUGAAGUUCAUCAACGACCAGUAUGAGAAGUACCUGCAGGAGGAAAUCAACAUUAACCGGAAGAAGCGGAUCCCCGACACGCGGGUGCACUGCUGUAUAUACUUCAUCCCAGCCACUGGCCACUCGCUCCGACCGCUAGACAUCGAGUUCAUGAAACGCCUGAGCAAAGUGGUCAACAUCGUCCCCGUGAUCGCGAAAGCCGACACGUUAACGCUGGAGGAGAGGGAUUACUUCAAACAAAGGAUAAUGGCUGAUCUUCUUGCCAAUGGGAUCGACGUGUAUCCUCAGAAGGAGUUUGAUGAAGACUCUGAAGAUCGGCUAGUGAAUGAGAAAUUCAGGGAAAUGAUCCCAUUUGCAGUGGUGGGCAGUGACCAGGAAUACCAGGUUAAUGGAAGAAGAAUCCUUGGAAGGAAGACCAAGUGGGGCACCAUUGAAGUGGAGAACACGACACACUGUGAGUUCGCCUACCUGCGGGACCUCCUCAUCAGGACGCACAUGCAGAACAUAAAGGAUAUUACCAGCAACAUCCACUUCGAAGCCUACAGGGUCAAGAGGCUGAAUGAGGGCCAGAGCUCGCUCUCCAACGGCGUGACCGACAAAGAGCUGGUGGCUAACGAAAUGUAACCGUCUCGCUCCGUAGCCAGGACCUUGCUCGCUCACGCUCGCUAUUUCUCCCCUCUUCCCCCUUUAUUUUUAUAUAAAUCCUCUGCCACUGUCCCUCUUCCCACCCCCCAACCCCCUGCCAAUGUUAACUGACCAAAUAACCAGACGCCGUCUCCGUCAUGCAGAGCGGGGCGACCGCUCAUCCCCCCUGCUUUGUGGCACGAGUUUUCUUCUCAGCCCCCGGUCCAGCAUCCCUGGGCUGGGGACCGUCCCCCUGCAGAGGUUGGGCUCUAGCUGGCCCCCAGUGCUGGCCUGACAGCCAAGCUUGGGGGAGCAGAUCCGUGGGGCUGGCAGGGUUGGGGUGCCCUCGGGAGCCCUGCCUGCCCCUCCAUGCAGAGGCUCUUCUCCGUCCGUUGAAGGCAAGGGUUUCUCCAGGGGAAUGUAGCCUUCAGAAGCAAGGUACGGUGGUAUGAAGAGAGCAAGACGGUGCCAUCCUUGUCUCCUGCCGCCUCCUCCGAGCUCUCUGCAGCCCUCCAGGACCCGCCAGCCCCCAGCCCAACCCCUCUACCCUGCCUACAUGCAAUAAACUGGGAGUGUUUAGGUGUCACCUUGCCUGUCACCGACCCCCAGCCAGGCAGAGCGACCUGCUUUAGGAGAAGUGCCUUUUCAGACUGUUACCUUGCAAUAGUGUGGGAGAGGGGAGGGAGGGCUUGUCUUGUCUGUCUUUGCAGCCUGCAAAAGGCCUGUGACACUUUGUAGAGACUCCUUUUCCCUCUCCCUUGGACCCUAGAUGUGGCUGUUGUCCUGGGAACACUUGUCUAUUUAUUUUUCAUUCAGUUGGGUGGGGUUUUUUUCCCACUGAAGGCUCGGAGUAUGUUUGUCCAAAGGGGGCUGAGAGCGGAACAUCUCUGCAAAGCGGUGGUGGGAGGCGGAGGGUUGUCCUGUCUGACCCUUGUGAUUCUCGGGUUUUUCCCUAUGUCAGAGGAGGCUGUUGGGUAUUUUUUAAUUAUUUUUUUUAUUGUUUUGGAUCCCCUGUGUGACAUGUGUACAUGUAACAUGCUCCUGUGUUUUACUAGUCCUUGUGCAAGGGGACUGUGCAUGUGCGGACCGAGCCCUGCAGCUGUGGGGAGGGCUGGGGCGGCGUUUGUGGGUGCUGCGCCCUGUGGCCCCCCGUGCUCUGCCCCCCUGUGCCUCCUCUUUCAGUGAGUCUCCAGUAAGUAAGACCCUGCAAGGGGGUCGGUUAAAUAAUGCCAUGACACAGGAGUGGGUGGUCCUGGAGCAGAGCUCUGCAGUCCUGCCUCCCGCCCCGGCUCUGCUUGCCUUUCUGUUGUCUGCUCCGUCAGUCUCCGUAUCCUCUCUAAGGGAUAAAACUUUGUGCAAAUCACCCUUUUUUGGGGGGGGGCACGUAGUAAAAUGGCAGCGUGGCCCAACCUCUAGUGCUGGAAGGUGCCUGCAGAGCCCACCCGAUGGUCUCCACCGGGGGCAAAGCC